AUUUUUCACACCGCCUCACCUCCACGGUGUCGUCUUGUUGGGAGUUAGCGUAAUCCCAACCAGGUGUUAUCGCUGGCCCGUUUUGCUUCUCACUCUCCUCCCGCUUGGCUAACCCUAGACGAGCGACUUGCAGAGUGCUUUUGCUCUCAGAGUGAGCCGCUGGUAGCAUGGCGCGGAAAGGGAAGAGUCCCGGAAGCGCAAAGAAGCGCGGGGGAGGUGGAGACGCAGGCGGAAGCGGAGGCGGAGUUGGAGGGAGGCUCGGCAAGGGCGGAGGCGGCGGGAAGGGGACGCGCGGGGAUCCGAACAUGGGGUUGACUCGUGAAGACUUUGAGGACGAGAUCGACGACUUUCACAAGCAACGGGAUAUCAUUCCUCUUAACGCGGAUGAUGAUUUCGAGGAGGAUGAUGACAAUAUCGAGGCUGAUCUUAAUGCGGCUGUUAUGGACAUCAAGGGAGCCGAGGAGAGCGAGGAGGAUGACGAGGACGGUUUUGAUGAUGAUGAUGAUUUUGACGAGGAUGUGGAGGCGGAUAUGCAGCUAUCAGGCCUCGCUGCUAAGAUGGAGAAGCAAGCCAAGUAUAUGAGGAUGAAGCUUGGGGGAGUGAAGGAGGAUGAGGAGGACGAGGGGGAGGAGGACGAGGGGGAUGAGGAGGAAGGGGAGGGGGCGCUUUGGGGGCAGAAGAAGCGGCAAUACUACAGCGCGGAUAAUGUGGACUAUGAGUUACACAUGGAAGGGGAGACAGGGGCGCAGGAGGAGGAGGAGGAGGCGUUGCGGCUGCAGCAGCAGAUAGCUGCUGGGUUGAGAGUGGAAGAUUAUGAGGAAGAAGAGGGAGAGGAGGAGGGGGAGGAGGAGGAAGAGGAGGAGGAGGGAGAGGAAGAAGGGGAAGAGACGAUGAUGGAUAAAGUAGAGAAGGGCGAGGGGAAGAAGAGUUUGGGGAAGGAGGUGGGGAAGGAGGGCGAUAAGGGGAGCGAUAAGAAGAGUGGAAAGGUAUUGGAGAGGAAGGGGAGGGGGGCGGCAGUGGUGGAGCGAGUGGUGAAGGACGUGAGUCUGCUAACUAAAGAGGAGCAGAUGGCGGCACUCAUGAGCGAUGCCCCUGAGCUGGUGGGCCUGCUGUCUGACCUCAAGACCACCCUCAAGGAGCUCAACACUAAAGUGCUGCCGCUGCUGCAGCAGGUGCGGGAGGGGGAGUACGCAACGGAGAACGGAGUAUCCUACCUGGAGGCGAAGCACGGUCUGCUGCUGCACUACUGCUGCUGCCUGCUCUUCUUCCUGCUUCUCAGGGCGGAGGGCAAGCCAGUGAGGGACCAUCCUGUGGUCUCACGACUCGUGGAACUCAGGCUCUUUUUGGAAAAGAUCCGCCCCAUCGACAAGAAGCUUCAGUACCAGAUCGAGAAGCUUCUCAAGCUGGCCUCAUCGGCCAAUCGCAGCGCGCCAUCUGGCUCGGCAGCAGCAACUGCAGCAGGAGCAGGAGGGGCGGGCGAGGCCGGGGCGGGAGGGUCGUUGGAUGAUCUGAGACACCGUCCGAACCCCAACCUCCUGGUGUCUAAGCUCGGAGGUGCUGGCGGUGGCAUUGGUGGUGGGGUUGGUGGGGGAGAGGAUAGGGGCAUUGCUGCUGCUGCUGCUGCUGGUGCGGAUGGUGCUGGUGGUGCUGGUGGCGGGGUGUAUAAGCCGCCGAAGAUCGCGCCUAUGGCGAUGGAUGGGGAGGCAGAGGGCGGGAAGAAGGGCGGGGAGGUGGGGGGGAGGAGGGAGGAGCGGGAGGUGAGGGAGGCGAGGCGGAGGGCGGCCAGGAGCGCUUUUGUGAAGGAACUAGCUGAAGAUGUGGAAGGACGGCCGCGUGAGAUGCGGGUGGAGGGCGCGUCGACAAUGAUGGUGGAGGGCAAGGAGAUGGAGAGGGAAGUGGAGCGGCUGAGGGAGAGGGCGGCUGCUGAGGAGAGGAUGUUCUCUCGUGUGCCGCUGAACCGCGGGGAGAAGCAGCGGCUGAAAGCGCUCAAGAGGAGCCAGAACAUGCUUGCGGGCAUGCUGGAUGACUUUGACGAUGAUAUUGCUGGCAUUAUGGCAGCAGGGGAGGAGGGGGGAGCACAGGCUGGCGACGCUGUUGCAGGAGCAGCAGCAGGGGGAGGGUCGAGCGCCCAAGUCGCGGGCCUGCUGGACUCUCUGCUUCGCCCACGCAAGCUGUCCGAGGCGAUUCACGAAGCUGGCAAGAUGCCCUCCCUUAGGGCACAGGCUAAGGUGAUAUCUGGGGAUGCUGAUAUUCCCCUGAAGCCGGACUUGGGCGAGCGCCGACGAGCCUACGAGGCAGGCGUGGUGGCGAAGCAGGUUCGGAAGCGGGGCUCGGAGGACCUAGGGUUUGACCAAGGGGAUGAUGAGGAUGGGGGGGGAGAGGGAGGGGAGGAGGAUGAGUUUUACGCUGAGGCUCGGAGGAUGCAGGAGGCCCGGAAGUCGGCCAAGGCUGCGAAAUACUCCUCCUCUGGGCUCAUUCCCGAGGCAGAGCCUACUGUUGACGAAGAUGGCAGGCGGCAGAUUACCACACAGAUUGAGAGGAAUCGGGGCUUGAUGGCGCACCGCAACAAGGCAGUCAAAAAUCCACGCAAGAAGUACAAGCUCAAGCAUGCCAAUGCUGUGGUCCGUCGGAAGGGCCAGGUGCGUGAUGUCAAGCGCGAAACUGCGCCCUAUGGUGGUGAAUCUACUGGUAUUCGGUCCAGCAUCAGUCGUAGUGUCAGAAUUGGGUGAGACUUGUUUUUGUGCGGGGUGUUAGGAAUGGAUAUACUAUGAUGUUUGGGCGAUGAACUUGUGGGUAUAACUUGUGGAAUCGUUUUAGGGUUCCAGUCAGUAGCUUACAUGGCAGCACCCUGUUUCUUGGAAGAUAGACGAAUGAAUAUCAAUAAGGUGUCAGACCUCAGCCACUAACCACUGAGUUAAAAAGGCUUGU